AUGGCUCAAAAUAGCAUAGCUAAAGUCCCUGUUGUUGAAACUUCAAACUUUUUAAACAAGACUGGAGACUACAAGAAGCAAUGUGAAGAAGUUGCCUAAGCUCUUCACACUUAUGGUUGCGUUAUUAUCAGAGAUCCUAGAGUCAACUAACAAGAUAAUGAUAACUUCUUAGAUAUGUUCGAAAAAUACUUUGUCAGCCGUGGUGAAAUGCUCUACAAGGGUGAAAAGGUUCCUGAAGCUCUCCCUGAAUGGGGCUAUUAAAGUGGUGCUACUCCUCCUUACAAAGAGCGUGCUAGACUCCAUGAAUCUGUUGUCAAUUAAUUCACUGCUGAAAAUGCUGCCUACACUCCUCAACCUCCCCCAUAUGAUGCUAAGUGGAGAUAUUUCUACAGAAUUGGUGAAAAGCCAGCCAACAGAAGCACUGAAUUCGACCCUCCUAAAGUUAUUCCUAGCGACUUCCCUAACUUCGAAGCUACUUGCGAAAGAUGGGGUAACUUAAUGUUAGACGGUUGCAUGACUGUAGCUAAGAUGGCUGCUAUUGGUAUGGAACUUCCUGAAGAAUCUUUCACUGAAAGAAUGAAAGGUGGUGAUCACUUACUUGCUCCUACUGGUUCUGACCUCGUUAAGAAUGAUAAGGGUGCAGUUUUUGCAGGUUUCCAUUAUGAUUUGAACUUCUUAACUAUCCACGGAAAGAGCAGAUAUCCUGGUUUAUUCGUUUGGUUGAGAACUGGUGAAAAGAUCCCUGUCGCUGUUCCUGAUGGUUGUCUUUUAUUAUAAGCUGGUAAAUAAUUUGAAUGGAUGACUGGUGGUUAUGUCACUUGCGGUUUCCAUGAAGUUAUCUACACUGAUGCCGUCAAAGAAAAGGUUUAAUAAACUUUGGAAAAAGGAGGUAUCCCUUGGAGAAUUUCUUCUACUUUAUUCUCUCACAUUAGAUUUGAUGCUUUAUUAGAACCUAUUGGCAAAUUUGCAAAUGAAGAAAGCAUAGCUAAAUUCCCUAAGACUAAAGCUUUAGACUAAGUACUUGAAGAAGUCAAGAGCAUCGAACUUAAAAAAGACUGA